AUGCAAAUUACUCAAACUUAAUUAUUGGAAUGGGUAAAGGAUGGAAACAAGGUGACUUUGAAGAAACAUUUCGAGGAUGAGUUGAAGUUUUCUCAGAAUAAGUUGCACGACUUUUUUGCAAUGGUUGAUGAUUAAAGAAGAAAUGUUGUGCAUUGGGCUGCCUAUUUAGGAUAGUAUAAAUUGUUAAAGUGGUGGUGCAAGAAAUACAAAUUGAUGAUUGACUUGAACAAAGGGGAUAUGCAUUCUUACACUCCCUUAGAAUUAGCAAGCAUCAAAGGGUAUUCUGGAGAGUAUAAUCCAGAAUAACAGGAAAAUACGAUCAGAUUAUUGCUGGAUCAUGGGGCCCAAAUACCAUAGUCUAACACCUCCAAACCAAAUCCUUUGCAUUGGGCUUUUUAUUACGGAAACAAAGAACUUGUAGAUUUUCUAAUCUCAAAAAAAUUUCAACUCCAAUUAGAAACGGAUUAAUAAGGGAACUAUCCCAUAGAUUACUUAUUUUUGGAGAACAGACCCGAUUAAUACAAAAAAGAUGUUAGUGACAUAUUUGAAAAUGUCAUAAUUAAUUAUGCUUAGGUAACAACCAAGUAAACCUUGAACCGAAAACUGAAGAAGAAAAAGGUUAGACAACCUAAUCGGAAAAAGAAUAGAUAAUUUAAGGAGGAAAAACCACAUUAAGGUACAAUCGUCAUGAGUUAACUUCCAUUCAUUUAAACAUAGGGAAAAGAUGAUGAAUCCUCCCCUGAAUCUGAACCUUCUAAGAAUGGGAUACCAUAUUCCAAUAUAUCGAAUUAUCAUAGAAGCCAAACCUCAAACUCUUUCAUUUCGAAAAAUACUCUCCCCAAAAGUAGUCAAAAAUCAACUCAGAAUUAAUAAAUUCUAAAUAAGUUUCAACAAAGAAAUUGCGGCUAGAAGAUAUAAUCAAAAAACCUAGAUGAGAUAGCUGAUGUUCCUCUCUAUGAUGACUCUCGAAUUGAAAUGAAGGAACCCGAAGAAGAGAAAAUACCAGAAAUAAAAAUAUUCAAUCAAAAUCCAAGAAACCCCAAUUCUUAAAAACUCAUUCCAGAAAAAAACCAAGAAAGUCAAUUCAAAGCAGACCAAUGCAACAUAAUCAUAAGCUAACCUCCUACCAUACUAUUUAAUUAAGAGACCUCGCCUUAAAAAAAUUUUGAUCACAAAAAACGACAUAAAAGCAAUAAAUUUAAGUCUUAAAAUGAAGAAGACAUGGAAAAAAUUCAUCUGAAAGACUAGGACAAGUACUUCAUUUAUCAUAGCAAUGCCAAUCUAACUAAAAAUGAGACUUAUGAAUGUCGGUUACAGUAUUGGUCUGCCAGACAGGGUAACACAGAGUUUCUUAUUUAUUUCCUAAAAAGGAGAUGCAAUCCUUUUCUCAAUGUCUAUUAGGGUUUCAACUGUCUUCACAUAGCUGCUUUCAAGGGGAAACUUAAAAUAUUAAAAAUCAUACUCCAAGCAGAAUAUGAAUAUUAUGAUUAUUCUGGAGAGAGCAAUCACAAAAAUAAAAAGUAACUAAAGGAUCAAAUCUUCAAUAAGAAAGAAUGCAUCAAUAUCCUGACAGAUUAAAACCCAUCUAAUGCUCUACAUUUGGCAAUUGAAUAGGAGAAGUAUAAAUGCAUGAAAACAUUGAUCUUGCAUGGAGUAUCUGUCGACACUGUGAAUAGCAGAUGUCUCAAACCUUUCGAAUUGACUUUCAACCAAGAUAUCAUGGAAUAUUACAAGGAAAACAUUCAGACCAAAUAGCAAAUGAGUAGUUUGACUGAGUUGGGAUACCAGUACGUGAUUUAAACAAAGGGCACCUUAAGUGUUGAAUAGGAUAUUGUAUAUCUGCAAUUACAAAAUAUUCGACAAACCUUUAGAGAUAGAGGGUGGAGUUUUGAGUUUAUGAUAUUUCAUGCUCCUGAUCUGGAUAAACUUGAAAUGUACAAUGACAGCGCUUAAGCCAAAAAGGUUAAGUCUCUUUAUCAUUAUUAUGUGUUGAAAUUGCCUCCUGAUUCAAUCUAUAAAUUAGCAGAUUUAUAUUAGAUAUCAUGUUACAAUUUCUAAACAAAAUAUAUCUGUCAAUUUGAUUAUGAUAAUAGGGGGUUUUUUGAAUUCCCAAAAGAUCUACAAGUGCAAAUGCUCAUUCUAAAUACACUCAAUGAUGAAUUCGAUGUAGAUAAAUUUGUCUUAGAGAAAUUGAUAAUUGCUCAUUAUCCUUUGGAGGAUAUUUAAAAGUGCGAGAAGAUCACUUAGUUCUGGGAUGAAUAGUAAAAUAAUUGCAUCCAAGAUUCGAUUCGAUAUGAAACACAAUAAAUUGCAUUGAGACCAUUGCAUGCUAUUGCCUCUUAUUUUGGCCCAGUUGUUGCAUGGUACAUAGCCUUAAAUGUACAAAUUAUAGGGUGGCUGAUGAUUCCCUCAGUGUUUGGAGCAGCUUUGGGGAUUUACAUCAUCAUAACCAAGGAAGUGAAUUCUUCAAUAGUUCCUUUUUAUGCAUUACUAAUGACACUCUGGUCUACAUUAUUCAUGGAGAAGUGGAAGAACAGAGAAUCUGAAUUGAAGUUUUGUUGGGACAUGCACAAAUUUAGACAAACUCAACCCUAGAGAGUGAUGUACACAGGGUAGUACAUCAUAAAUGAGGCAACGAAUAAGAUUUAGAUAUACGACUACUUUACAACUUUUAAGAGAAGAUUGAUUGCAGAGGGACCUGUAAUUUUGAUAGGAAUAGCAAUAAUUGUGGUAAGUUUUUACGCGUUUAAUCUUUGGUUACGAUUAUGGAAGGGUACUACUAUAAUGCCGAUAGUGAUUAAUUCUUUAAAUGGAGUGUCAAUGACAGUGUUUUGUGAUUUGUACAAAAGACUGUGCACAUCUUUGGUAACAUGGGAGAAUCACAUGUACGAGUCUGAACAGGAAUACUCGUACAUUUUGAAGGUGUUCCUAUUUGAAUUUCUAAUAUCAUAUGUGUCUGUGGUGUACGUGGCAAUAUUUGAGAGUGAUGCUUCUCAAUUGAGUGUGUCAGUCGCUAGUAUUAUCAUAACGAGGGGAGUGAUCUCAAAUGUGACGAGUAACUUUUUGCCUUACUUCUUUUUUAAACAAGAGAAGAAGAUGUUUUCGGAUAAGUUCUUCGAAUUCAAGAGAAUAUUCUAAUUGAAAUCAGCAGAAAAGAAACAGGUUCAUAAUAUUUGCAAUUCCAAGUUCAGCACUGAUAGACUGAAUUCAGAAGUACAACUGCGCUUUCUGUAGGAGUUAGAAGUAGGUCGGAUUAAGCAACCUUAGAAGGUUCUUUAUGAUGAGUACACAAGUAUUGCAAUUCAGUUUGGAUACACAACUAUGUUUGCACCCACUUUCCCAGCUGCGCCCUUAUUUUUUAUGAUCAAUUGUUACAUCAAUUUGAGAUGGUCAAUUUAUAAUUAUCAACACAUUCUGAAGAGGGAACGGGCGUAGGCUGCAGAUUCAAUUGGGAUUUGGCUGUAGAUUUUUGAAAUAAUGAAUUAUUGCGCCACAUUUAUGAAUUGCAUUGUUAUUGGGACUGUUAAUAAGGAAUAAUUUAAGGGGAUUAUCGGGAAUUAGAAUGCCCUUGUUAGUGCUUUCUUCCUUGCUGCUAUUGAACAUGUCUUGUUGCUUAUUAAAUACAUUCUUGAUGUUUCAAUUCCUGAUUGUCCUUAUUGGGUGGAGAAGGAACUUAGAAGGUAUGCAUACUUAGAAGAAAAAUACUCGAAAAAUAACAAUUGA